AUGCGUUGGGAGCGGGAGGGUGUCGGUGGCGUGGUGACUAAGGAUGGCAAGCCAUACAUUGAGACCAAGAACGUGCCGAAAGCAAAAGGUCGGAGCCGAGACCUGGAGCCGGGCAUCAAGACAAUUACCCCAGCCCAAACCGCGUUGCGACGCACUGCGCUUCUGACGGUUGUGCAACUUAUCCAGAGUUUGGAGCCCAUCCUGCGUGAGGUCAGCGGUAAGAGCCAGGAUGAGUGGGAUGGCUGGUCUGGCAAGAUGGUAAAUGAUUUGAUGAGAGAAAAUGGUACAUUCUGGGGCGAGUGCCUGGAGGUGGGCGCAUGGUGGGCGCAAAAACGAUAA